AUGGCCCCCCGGCCAGCGGUUUCUGGGCCGGCUGCGGGCUGCGGGCUGCGGGCUGCGGGCUGCGGGCUGCUGGAGAGGGCGGAGAGGGGUUGCAGAGGCGGUUGGGCUGGGCCAGGCAGGGCGGCAGGGGCGGGCGGGCCCGGAGCCGGGGAAGGCGGGGCUGGGCGUCCCUGGGGCUCCAGUCCGACCGACCGCUGGCUCCUCUGGGAGAUCCGCGGGCCACACCCGCCACCUGGGCAGGAGGGCGCCGGGAGUGUGGGUUCCUCUGCCGUCUGGCCGGUGGCGUGGAUCAAGCUCCGGGAGAUGCGCUCUUUGGGGGUGGUUUGGGACUUCGUCUGUAACGUUAUUCUCGUGUUGCUCUUCCAAUGUGCAUUUCCAAUGUGUUACAUAAUAAAGACGUGGUCGCUUUUAGGGGAAAUGUCUGAAAAACUGCGAAGAUGCAGGAAGGAGCUGACUGCGGCCAUUGACCGGGCCUUUGAAGGCGUCAGUCAUUCCCAGGAGUGCUCGGGCCGGCCGAGGCUGGAGCUGGACGCCGCGCCGCUCUCCUUCCCCCUCCCCGUGCACCGGCUCCUCUGCAGGAGGCACCCGCAGGCGGCCUGCUCCUCCUCCGCGGCCCCCUUCCUUCCAGUCCCCUGCGCUCCUGAGAACGAGAGCCCAGCCUUUACGCCCAACCAUGCCCCAGUGAAUGCAAAGCCACAGGCUUCAUGCCCGAAAAGAAAACCUCUGACCAGUAAGGAAAACGUAUUGAUGCAUUCCUCCAUUUUGGCACCGGAAAGACAGUUCUGGAGAGCCGCGGGAGACGGGGAGAACUGGAGAAAAGACAGCCUAAGGAAAGAUAUGGAGAAAGAUUUGAAGGUUGACUCAAACAUGCCACUCAGCAAUUCUAGCCAAGAGGUCACAAAAGAUCUGCUUGAUAUGAUCGACCAUACGAGCAUCCGAACUAUUGAAGAGUUGGCUGGGAAACUAGAAUUUGAAAACGAGCUGAACCGUGUGUGUGGCCGCUGCGGAGAUUCGCCCUUCAGGGAGGAGGCCUGGGCCUUGCUUGUGGACGAGAGCCCUCAGAAGGGCCCGGAGAGCGACCCCGGCAGCCUCAAGCAGGCUUUCGACGAUCACAAUAUCGUGGAGACUGUGCUAGACUUGGAGGAGGACUACAAUUUGAUGAGCUCUUUCAAGUACCAGGUUGAGUAAGGACAGCUGCCUGGAGCUUUGGUUCUUUCCAGGCGCUGCCGUUCGGGCAGUGGUCAGCGUCCCCGGGGGGGGGGGCCUCUGCCACGUGGCUGGCAGGAUCGGAGAAUGCCACACCCUUUAAUUUGCACUUGUCCCUUUUUGAGCUGAAAGCCCAAUUUUUUUAUUCUGUUGUUUUGAAUUGUUUCUCACUGUUUUUUUUUCCACUUUUCUUGACAUCUAAACUGUGUUUUUGAUUGGUAUUUAAUACAGCCAGUACCCAAGGCAGGUGCUGGUCGUGGCC